ACGAAGUUGUACGUGAAUGGGAUAUGCCCAAAUUAACCGGUUGUUGGGAUCUUGAAAGUUUAAAAACCAAUGAAAAUAUUAAAGAUACUACUUAUGAUGGUGUACGUGAAUGGGAUAAACCCAAAUUAGCAUCCGCAAACUAA